GUCCUACCGCGCCACACUACGCAAGCAAGGACACGAGUGGGGUUGCGGGGCUCUCGUUUGUUUUUGUUCGGUCAUUUUCUACCUUUAGCUCUCCCUCUCGUCCUCUGUCUGCCCUCCAUUAUUAUUCCCAUUUUGGAAUCUCUGCUCUCUCACUCCUCCCCUUUGUGUCUCUGUUCUUCUUGUUGUGUUGCGUCUGCGUAGUUCGACGACGUCUAUAGCCACUUCUCAGAUCCGCCUCCUUUCUCGAAACCAGCUCUGAUUCCCUCUCUUUCAUCGUCCCUUUCCCCUGCCAGCUUCUCCUCUCUGCAGCUAUGGAAUAUUCAUCUGGGUAAUUUGUAUUUUUUUUUUACUCCUCUCUCACCCCACCUCCGGUACCAAUUGUGUGAAAGGAAGAGGCUUUUGGAUUCUUCUCUCCAUGGCUUCAAUUGGAACUUCUUGAUUUGAUCUCGUUUCGGUCGCAUGGUGUCUCUUCCAGCAUCAAGUUGCUUUGUUCAGCUGGCAUUUCAUUCGCGAAUUGGUCGCCAUUACGAGGUGAAUGAAGCUGAGGAAAUCUGAAAGGAGCAGCAGAGGCUCCAAUGUUCUUUGGACUUCGAUUCUAACUAUCCAAAUUAGAGGCUUCUACCCUCGAAACGUCGUCAGAUAUCAGUGACUUGAAGAUGGAUAGAUUAGACACAUCAGGCUUCGUAAGUGGUGGUGGCUCCUGCUCUCACUUCAUUUUCAAAGCACUUGCACAGUAAUAGUAUGCUGUGGAAACCCCCUCUGUCUCUCUCUGCUAGCUAGUCUGGCCUAAAAAGUUCUGCAGCACUAACGAUAAGCUCGACAAAUAACAUGGAUCUCAGCUUCAACAACACCAACAGAGUUUCUCUGGACAAUGAACAUGGGAAGAAUGACACCACCUUGCGCUUGAACUUUCUCGGCUAUGGAGCAAACCGUGUACACAGCAACACCAUCAGCGCCAGAUUUGGCAGUGGCACUCAGAGCAAUCCCAAGAACAAUUUCUGUAACAGCUUACACGAGGAAGACGCAUGCAAAUUGGUCCUCGGUUUGGGUCCCACACCGAGCACUUACAGUGGGGAUUUCUCCAACAAUGCUGGAGGAACUGUUAGCAACCCGAAAGGCUCUCAUCCUUCGACACUCGAGGGUGACUCAAUCUUAAAGCUCGGCCUUUCUGAAGCCGGGCUAGUUGCCAAUGAUUCCUUCAGUGGACUCGAGAACAGUUCAGUUACUGAGACAAAUCAAGCACCUGCUGACAAUACAAGAUUCUCCUUCCCAGUUUUAGACGAGGGCUCCACUUCAGCAAAGAAAUCAGCUGGUGGAUACAUGCCUUCACUUCUCUUGGCUCCCAGAAUGGACAUUCGAAAAGCUCCACCACCACGGACAGAACUCAUCGACUUUGAACUGAGUCACGAGCCAUCUGCCACCACGGAUUUCUCUUCUGCUUCCGAGCAAAUGACGACUGCUACCUCUGAAAGCCACCAUGGUGCCACCAAUGCAAAGAAAUGCAGCUUCUUUGGAUGUUCUAAGGGAGCACGCGGUGCCACGGGGCUCUGCAUUGGCCAUGGCGGAGGCCAAAGAUGUCAGAAGCAAGGCUGCAACAAGGGCUCCGAGAGUAGAACCGCGUAUUGCAAAUCCCAUGGAGGGGGAAGAAGGUGCGAGCACUUGGGCUGCACGAAGAGUGCCGAGGGGAAGACCGAACUCUGCAUAGCCCACGGAGGGGGCCGUAGAUGUGGCUUCCCCGAUGGAUGCACGAAAGCCGCACGUGGCAAGUCCGGGCUGUGCAUUAGACACGGCGGAGGGAAGAGAUGCAACGUUAACGGCUGCACUAGGAGUGCAGAAGGGCAGGCAGGGUUGUGCAUUUCUCACGGUGGAGGAAGGCGUUGUCAGCAAGAAGGAUGUGCCAAGGGCGCACAGGGUAGCACAAAGUACUGCAAAGCUCACGGUGGCGGGAAGAGAGCCCACGGCGGCGGGAAGAGGUGCUCGUGGGGAGGAGAAGAAAUGGGGAAAUGCGAGAAGUUCGCGAGAGGGAAGAGUGGUCUUUGUGCUGCUCACGCGAGCUUGGUCCAGGAGAGGGAGAUGGGGAAAGGUGGAAGUAUGAUCAGACCGGGGCUGUUUCGAGGGCUCGUUUCGGCAGCUGCUGCUGCAGCCUCAACGGCUGGCGGCAGUGUUGAGAACAACACUUACAGUUUCUCAGGAGGCAGCGGGGUGUCGGAGAGUAGUGGUGGUGGUACCUUGUUGGAGAAGCCAGCGAAACGCCGGCAACUCAUACCGCCACAGGUGCUGGUUCCACUUUCGAUGAAAUCAUCAGCUGUGGGGUCGACGUAUUCGAGCUUCUCGAAUGGCGGGAAGCGAGAUGGAGGAACUAGUAGUGAUGGGCUCAUGAUGGUUCCUGAAGGGAGAGUCCAUGGUGGUGGGCUCAUGUCUCUGUUUGGCGGGAACCUGAAGAAUGCUGCCAUUGAUGGGGUUUAA